GCUUGCCUACCCAGAAAAGCACCAGGCUCUGCGAUGGGGAGUUGUAUAGGGGAGGGGUCACAGAAAGGCCCACUUUGGGACACGGGCUUGGUCCUCCUUACCACUGCUUGGCCUCUGAAGCUGCCACCCUAAAUUGACUCCCUCCGAGGAGUCUGUGGGAUGGUGGCAGGAGGAGGAGUUGGAGCGGGGGAGGAAACCCAGCCGCCGGCCCCAGCCUUUGCCUAGACCGCUGGGCUGCUGGGGGAGCGCUAAUCACAGGGAGCGGUGCUGGCUGCUGGGUCCUGGCUUGGCCACUUUCUUGGUUGCAAUUGCUGGGCUCCACGUAGACGUGACUUUUCCAGGAGUAACUGGAAGGCCUGAAUAGAAACUUCAGGGGUCCUGGGACCAGCGGCUGCCUUUAGAGAAGCUCCUUCCAGCCCCCCUGCGCCCUUGCCCUUCCUUGGGAUGGCCUGGCCAGGGGUGCGCUAGGAGCACACCGCAGUAGCUAGGCUGGCUGAGCCCCUGGGAAGGCCUGCUUGCUGGGGCGGGCGAGGACGCUGGGGGAAGUGAGGCCCCGGGCGCAGGGGCGUCGCCUAGGGGUCUGGGUGGCAGGGUCUUUGCCCGGGCCCGCGCGCGCUGCGCUGCAGAGGCGCUCCGAGCUUCCCCGGGGCGGUCCCCACCUCCUCUGGCACUCGGACCUAUGAGUGCGCAGCUCCGCUAGCAACUACCCCAACCCGGCCCGCGCCGGGGCACUGAGGGGUGCAGGAAGGAUCCAGGCCGGCCACAGCCGCCCAAACACACUCCUACCCGCGCAUCGCUCCGUGGCAGACGCCAGCUGUCUUGCCUGCCCUGACGGGAUGCCUGCAGCCACGCUCCCCUACGCGUGCGUCCUGGUACUUUUGGGAGCUGGUACCUUAGAGGGCACUGAGGCUACAGGGGAUAGCCGCCUGCGCUGGGAGCCUCAAUGCCAGCAGCCAGUGCCUGAUGGCUCACCCAUCACUGCGGUUCUGCCACCACGCCUAAACGGGCCCUGGAUCUCCACUGGCUGCGAGGUGCGUCCAGGACCAGAGUUCCUUACCCGCUGCUACGUCUUUUACCCCAACCGCCUCUUCCGAGCCCACCAAUUCUACUACAGGGACCCUUCCUGCCGGGAGCCUACCCACUCACUGCUCAUCAAGGGUAAAGUCCGCCUCCGCCGGGCCUCCUGGGUCACCCAGGGUGCUACUGAAGCUGACUACCACCUGCACAGCGUGGGCAUCAUCUUCCACAGCCGCCAAGCCCUGCUUGACAUCACCAAGCGCCUCAACCAGACCCAGGUCAACCAGAACUGCUCCGGGCGGCUGCCACCUGCUUGGGCCUGGCUGCCGGGGGCGCUGUAUGAGCUGCUGAGUCCCCGGACCCAAGGGGGCUGCACGGAGGCACUGGGCUUCAGCAUGCAUGAGCUCAGCCUCAUACGCAUGCAAUGGCGCCUGCAGCUGCAGCCAGGGACAGUGCCCCAGCUGGUGGAGGAGCUGCUCCUUGGGGACAUCCACACCGACUGGGCAGAGCGGCAGCACUACCGGCCCACUGGCUACCAGCGCCCACUGCAGAGUGUCGUGCACCAUGCCAGGCCCUGCCUGGCCUGCAGCCUCAUUGCCCGCUCUGAUGAACGCCACCCACCCAUCCUGCCUCGCCAGCCCACCCGGCCCCUGUUCCUGGGCGGCCGCUGGGUCAGUGCAGGCUGCGAGGUGCGGCCUGCCGUUUUGUUCCUCACACGGCUCUUCACCUUCCACGGUCACAACCGCUCCUGGGAAGGGUACUACCACCACUUCUCUGAUCCUGCCUGUCGCCAACGCACCUUCACCGUGUACGCUGCAGGCCACUACUCCAGGGGCAUGCCAUCCACCCGGGUCCGAGGUGGCACUGAGCUGAUAUUCGAGGUCACACAGGCCCAUGUGACCCCUAUGGACCAGGUCACCACAGCCAUGCUCAACUUCUCCGAGCCAAGCAGCUGUGGGGGCCCAGGAACCUGGUCGGUGGGCACUGAGAGGGACGUCACAACCACCAACGGAUGCCUCCCACUGGGCAUCAGGCUCCCCCACAUAGAAUACGAGCUGCUCAAGAUAGAGCAAGACCCCCGUGGACGGAGCCUGCUGUUCAUCGGAGAGAGGCCCACGGAUGGGUCCAGUCCCAACACUCCCGAGAAGCGCCCCACCUCCUACCAGCCACCCCUGGUGCUCUGCAGGGGGCAGGCCCGAAACCCCCAUAAGCCCCCACCACACAGAGCCUCGCUGCAGAAGCCCCCAGUUGGCUGGGGGUCGUGUCCUGCUGUCGUGCAUCUCCCUGUGCUGCUCCUGGUGCAAGGAGCGGCCUUUCUCCUGUGGCUGUGACGUCCACCUUGGCUUUCUGAAAAGCUCCUUGGACACUACGGGGCCUGCACACACUCAUCAGGCUCUGAGCGGCCACACAGCGUGGGGACAGAAGGCUUGUGGACAGACCCAAGGCCCCACCACUUCUAGUUCAAGCGGUGCCCCUUGGGGCUUGGCACAAGGCCUCGCUUCACCUGUUCACUCCUGCUUGGAUAGAACUGAAAACCCUGUUUCCCUGUGAGUUCUAAGCCCAGUUUGUAUCCUUCCUUUAGUGGCUGGCAUCUGGCAAGCAGGUGCCAGAUGGGGACCACCCCGAGUCUCCCUCCUCUUCCUCACGGGGAUGUUGAGAAGGGAGAGGGAGGACGCCUGGAGAUUCAGCUUCGGGGCUCCAGGCUCGUUGUGUACUAUUGUGAAUUGCAGACUCCAGGAGGGGCCGUGCCUUGAAGAGGCCGCCCGCUCCAAGUUUGCAGGACGUCCUGGCUUCCUAGCAGAGGGCUGGUCUCUUUGGGGCGGCGGCUUUCUUCACUUCUGCUGUUGGCAUUUGUUUGCGUCUGCCUGUGCUGCCGUGAACCCGACCCCAAGCUGUCAAGACGGUGCAGGGAUAAACCCCGGCCUCCGGGGCCGCAAGCUGGGAGAGGGCCGAGGCUGAGCUGAGCCUCCUGCACCCGCGUGGAGGGCCCAGGGGCGCAGGCUCGCUGCGGGGGGCAAGGUCCACAGAGGAGAGCGCAUUUCAGCCCUCAGAAAGUAACUAAUACUAAUGACAGCGGCUGCAUGGCGCACUCUGUAGCUAGCCCCACGCCGUGAUGUUUUUCCAGAAUCUGAUGGACGGGGGACAACAGUGGGCAUCACUGGGGUCAUCCCAAGGCAGAGGCCAAGGUCAUCAGACUACACGGUCACAUGUGGAGGCCAGGAAUCAGGACAUCUGGUCUUCCCCAGCCUCCCUCCAGCCCUCCCCCAGCCCUGGCCAUAGCACUGGGUCAGGUCCUCUUGGGCUCAGAAGGGCUGUCACUGCCGUGGGGCCUGCUUGAGCUCCCAGGGCCUCCUCUGUACACCGUGAGAUUAACUGGCCUCCUGGUGGGCUCAAGGAUUUUGGGGACUGUGAGCCACUUGUUCUCCCUUCCGUCCUCCUCUCAUCCCAGUCUCUUAUCAUGUCUCUUGAACAAUUCUGUGUGAGGUUAAUGAUACGUGUGGAGGAAAGCCCUUGGCCUCCCUCAGAGUCUGUGGGGUUCAAUCAACCCAUGGAGAUUGUUCUAACUUAUUAUCCAUUCUUCUGAAAAAAAAAAAAAUCCCACCAAGUUAAUAUUCUCUGUGGGUCUCAGACAGCUACAA